UUAAAUUUAUCGAAAAUGGUUCUUCAAAAUACUGGAAAAUAUAGAGCAGAUAGAGAAGAUUCUAACAAGAAAGAUGCAGGUCCAUCCUCGGGUCCCAGGGAGGAAUCUUCGGAGUCUCGUAUUCGUGUGGCUUUGGAGAACGAUAGAAUCGAUUUUAAGUAUGGAUUCGAUAGAGUACGGGACGCAAAAGAGAGGACAGGUUACCUGAUCAACAUGCACACGGCAGAAAUUUUAGAUGAAGAUAAGCGCUUAGUAGCUGCAAUGGACUACUACUUCAUAGAAAUGGAUGGUACACGGUUUAAAGUGUCAUUAUCCUUUCAACCAUACUUUCUCAUUCUGGCUAGAAAGGAGUGUGAGCAAGAGGUCAUACAGUACUUGUCUAAGAAGUUUGCUGGUACUCUGCAUAAAAUUGAUAUAAUUGAGAAAGAAGAUUUGGAUUUGCUGAAUCAUCUCUCCGGCUUAAAACAGCGGUACAUAAAACUCUCAUUCAUGUCGCAAAACGAAAUGAUGAAAGUCCGUAGAGAGAUUCUUACAGCUGUUAACAAGAACAAGGAGAGGGAGAAGAAAGACGCAAUUUAUGCUGAAAUGUUAACCAACGCUUUGACCAGUGCAGCCGCUAUAGAGCAUGCUAAGAAAACCACUGAUCAUAUGGAGAAUAUUUUAGAUAUAAGGGAACAUGAUGUACCCUACCAUGUAAGAGUGUCAAUAGAUGUGAAAAUAUUUUGCGGUACAUGGUACACAGUCAAGAGUAGAGGUACUGACCCACCUAUAUUCACAAAACGAGAUGAUAUCCUUGAAAGACCAGAUCCAAUUGUACUGGCAUUUGAUAUAGAAACCACUAAAUUGCCAUUGAAGUUUCCUGAUUCACAGACGGAUCAGAUUAUGAUGAUUUCAUAUAUGAUUGAUGGACAGGGCUUCUUGAUUACUAAUAGAGAGAUCAUUUCUACUGAUGUUGAGGACUUUGAGUACACUCCGAAGCCUGAAUUUGAAGGGCAAUUCAUUGUUUUUAAUGAGGCUAAUGAAUUGUCAUUGAUACAGAAGUUUUUUGAUCACAUAAUGGACGUUAAGCCACACAUUUUUGUCACUUACAACGGUGACUUCUUCGACUGGCCGUUCGUGGAAGCGCGUGCCGCCGCACACGGGCUCGAUAUGAAACAGGAGAUCGGCUUCAGCAAGGUUACGGCCAGAGACGGCACCUAUGCCUGCCGCCCCGCCAUGCAUAUGGAUUGCUUAUGUUGGGUAAAAAGAGACUCUUACUUGCCGGUUGGAUCUCAGGGCUUGAAGGCUGUCGCCAAAGCCAAGUUACGAUAUGAUCCAGUGGAGCUGGAUCCUGAAGACAUGUGCACAAUGGCGGCUGAACAACCACAGGUGCUAUCUAACUACUCGGUGUCGGACGCAGUGGCCACGUACUAUUUGUACAUGAAAUACGUGCAUCCUUUCAUAUUCGCUCUCUGCACUAUAAUUCCUUUGGAGCCAGAUGAGGUACUCCGCAAGGGUUCCGGUACACUUUGUGAAUCCCUACUAAUGGUGCAAGCGUUCCACGCCAAUAUCGUGUUCCCAAACAAACAAGUGGAGGAGUUAAACAAACUGACCACCGACGGGCACGUACUCGAGACCGAGACUUACGUAGGUGGACACGUUGAAGCGCUCGAGUCCGGAGUAUUCCGAGCGGAUAUCAAAUGUAAGUUCCGCAUAGUACCAUCCGCAAUAGACAAGCUAAUAGAAUCCAUAGAGAAGACAAUGAAACAUGCUAUAGAGGUCGAAGAAGGUAUACCAUUAGAGCUAGUGACGAAUUUCGAUGACGUAUGUGCGGAGAUACGCGGAAAGUUGCAGCACAUGAAAGAUCAUCCACGAAGAGAUGAAAAUCCAUUGAUAUACCAUUUGGAUGUGGGUGCCAUGUACCCUAAUAUUAUUUUAACUAACAGAUUGCAGCCAUCAGCGAUGGUGAACCCAAGCAUCUGCGCGGUGUGCGACUUCAAUCGACCCGGUGCCACCUGCCAGCGCAGCAUGGAAUGGAUGUGGCGAGGAGAGUACUUGCCUGCAACAAGAAGCGAGUACCAGCGCAUCCAACAACAAUUGGAGACGGAGAAAUUCCCCCCUCUCCACCCUGGAGGACCCCCGCGGGCCUUUCACGCUUUACCAAAAGAGGAUCAGGCGGCGUACGAAAAGAAACGUUUAGCCGACUACUGUAGAGUGGCGUACAAGAAAACGAAGUUGACCAGAACCGAAGUGAGGACCACUACUAUAUGUCAGAAGGAGAAUUCUUUCUACGUCGACACUGUGCGUGCAUUCCGAGAUCGCCGUUACGAGUACAAAGCGCUAAACAAGCAGGCCAAGGCGAAAGUCGCGGAAGCAGUAGCAAGUGGCGACGCCACAGAGAUCAAAAUCGCGAAAAGCCGAGAAGUGCUGUUCGAUUCGCUGCAACUUGCACACAAAUGUAUCCUUAAUUCGUUUUAUGGAUACGUUAUGAGGAGAGGAGCCCGAUGGCACAGUAUGGAGAUGGCCGGAAUUGUGUGCUACACUGGAGCCAAUAUCAUCAUGCGAGCUAGGGAGAUCAUAGAGCAAGUCGGAAGACCGCUCGAGUUGGAUACUGAUGGUAUCUGGUGCGUUCUACCCUCAUCGUUCCCCGAGAACGUGACCGUCCACACGACGCACAAUAAAAAGAAGAAGAUUAAUAUGUCAUACCCCAACGCGGUCCUCAACUCUAUGGUCAAGGACCAUUUCACCAACGAUCAGUAUUUUGAACUCACUGACCCUGAAAAUAAAAUUUAUGAACAAAGGUCAGAAAACUCCAUAUUCUUUGAAGUGGAUGGUCCAUACUUGGCGAUGGUACUGCCAGCGUCCAAAGAAGAAGGAAAGCGGUUGAAGAAGCGAUACGCUGUAUUUAACUUCGACGGCUCGCUGGCCGAAUUAAAAGGUUUCGAAGUAAAACGCCGCGGAGAGUUGCAGCUGAUAAAAAUCUUCCAAUCAUCAGUGUUCGAAGCUUUCCUCAAAGGAAAUGAUUUAAAAUCGUGCUACAGUGCUGUCGCCAAAGUUGCUGAUUAUUGGCUAGACGUGUUGUACAGCAAAGGUUCAAAUAUGCCCGAUUCUGAAUUGUUUGAGCUCAUUUCGGAGAACAGAUCGAUGUCCAAGAAGUUGGAAGACUAUGGAGGACAAAAGUCCACGUCGAUAUCCACGGCUAAGAGAUUGGCAGAAUUUUUGGGCGAUCAGAUGGUGAAGGAUGCUGGGUUGGCUUGCAAGUUCAUAAUAUCACGUAAACCCGAAGGCGCACCAGUAACAGAGCGCGCUGUACCACUGGCUAUAUUCCAGUCACCCUCAGCUGUCAAACGGCACCACUUGCGGCGAUGGUUGAAGGACAACACUAUCUCAGAGGAUAUUGACAUUAGGGAUGUGCUGGAUUGGGCUUAUUAUAUCGAGCGUCUCAGUGGAGCUAUACAGAAGAUUAUUACCAUACCCGCAGCGAUGCAAGGCCUGGACAAUCCCGUCCCCCGCGUGCAAUACCCCGACUGGCUGCACAAGAAGAUGCUGGCCAAACAAGAUAAAUACAAGACGCGAAAGAUCACUGACAUGUUCUCCGCCGCGCCCAAGGACAAGACUACGAGGGAAGAAGGCGAAACAUCUGAAUGCAAUGAUGGGGCUGCUGAAACUGAAGUAGACAUGGAAGACAUAGGUAAAGAAUCUGUGAAACGUGAUAUCAUCAGGCCUAUAGUCCACACCGUUAAGCGUAAAAGGGAGGAAUCCCCUCCUAAAGAGUUCGCGACGUGGAGGGAGGCAUUUGGACCGCCGCCGCCUUUUGGAACAACUAAGGAGGAACGCAAAGCUUGGAUUUUGUUCCAAAAGAAGAAGUGGAAAUGGCAGAUGGAACAAAGAGGGCUUCGUGAAAGAACCAGCAAGAAAGGUAAAGUAGAUAACAAUGAUGCACUGAUGCCCCCGCCGCGCAGUGCCGGGCCAGCCAAUACGUUGGGCGGAUUUAUCAGACGUGCGCAACGGACCCUGUUGAAUACACCUUGGCAGAUUAUACAGGUAUUAGAAACAGGAGAACCCGGACUCUUCAAACUCUGGGUGUUAGUCGACAAAGAGCUACAUCAAAUCAAGCUAACGGUGCCCCGGAUAUUCUACGUGAACCAGCGAGUGGCGCGUGCGACAGAUACGGGCGAAUAUUGGCGCAAAUGUAGCCGAAUAUUGCCACGAGCCCACCCUGUAUUGCACUUGUACCAGUAUUCAGUGCCUGAACAACUUUAUCGGGAACAUCAGGAAGAACUGAUGGGCGAGCUAUCUGCACCGGAGAUUGAAGGCAUCUACGAGACGCAAAUGAGUCUAGAGUUUAGAGUGCUCGUGCAGCUUGGCUGCGUAUGCGCAGUCGACACGCAAGAGGCUAGAAAAAUAAUUCAAUUCGGAGCCAACAAUAUGGAUUCGUUCAAGCUCAAUCAACUGCAGUUCAAAAGCGUCGGACAUCAGCCUUAUUUGAAAAAACAGGAGGGGAUAGCUCCAGUGAAGCAUAUAUAUCUGUACCAAUAUUCAGCGCCGAAUUCAAGCCGCAGUAUGUGGGCACUCAUUCUCGGCCCCAGCAAGAAAGCGUACUUGUUCGUACUCGAUACCGUCAAGACCAAUCAGGUGCCCAAUAUGAACACCUUGUAUGUAACCGAGAGAACUGCCAAAAUCGGUAUGGGUACAGAUGAAAGCGAAAUCCCAGGUCCAGAAUUGUCCUGGGAAGUGACGGUAGAGAACCAGCCACGUGUAGUAUACCGUUUGAUGCAGCGAGCAUUGCAGCGGUAUCACGACGAGCGCUGGGGGCCGACGCUCUGCGCUGUUCAGGCGAUGCAUUCUUUUGCUGUUUUGCUGCAAUUGAUGCCAGGUUUAUCUGACUUCCCUCUAGUGCCAGUGCACAUCCGCGAUGUGGACACGUUGUACAACACGUUGGAGUGGCAACGCAUCGGCGCGCGUGCAGUUAUUCGCCAUUACUUGAACCUCGACGCCAUACUCAACAUCACCAUCGAACAGUGCACGUACCUCCAAGUGCCCCUUGGAAAUAUUCCAGCUGACCCGACGAUAUUCGGCGCAGACUUGUUGUACGCGCGGCACCUGCUCAAGCACAACUUCGUGCUGUGGUGCUCUAACCUCGAAAGGCCUGACCUCGGUGGACGAGAGAUUGAUGACAAUAGAUUAGUAAGCGAAGUUGAAGAGCUAAGCGGCUGCAAACACAACGCGAGCGGCGCUUACGACGCAGUCUGCGUCGAAUUGGAGACGGAUGCUUUAGCAGUAUGUGCUUUGCUGCAAGCUCAUCACAUAUUACAACUAGAAGGCACAUCUGCGGCCACUGCCUUCGGACAUACGAACAUUCAGGUCGUUAUGGCCAACACCGGAGCGAACGCGACAGUGAAUUAUGACGAGACUGCGCAGUGCAACGCUGCAUUCAAAGUGCUGCGUACGAUGAUAGCCGCGUGGCUUCGUGACGUCACUGUCAACAAGAAUGUCUUCGCCGACUUCCAGAUCUCGCAUUUCUACAGAUGGCUGAAAACCCCCACAUCUCUCUUGUACGACCCUGCCCUGCGCCGCACUUUGUAUAACCUGAUGAAGAAACUGUUUCUCAUGCUGGUGGCAGAGUUCAAGCGGCUUGGAUCCCAGAUCGUAUACGCAGAUUUUACCAAGAUCUUACUUGCUACUAAGAAGAACACUAUUAUGGAUGGUAUUGGUUACGUGGAGUUUGUAGUACAAAGCAUCCGCAACAAAGAGUUGUUUCACGGAAUCGACAUCCGCUACAAGCAUUGCUGGUCGUAUCUGCUGUGGCUUGACGAGGCCAACCACGCUGGAAUACAGGGUAAACUGCCAGAAGGAUUAGAGGAAGUAGGCUCAUCGCAACUGCCUCCUGACAGCGAAGAGACCAGCGCUGAAGAGGGCACAGUAUCAAUGCAAUGGAACCUGGCGAACUUCUUACCCGUCCAAGUGCGGGAAAUGUUCGCGACGACGAUCGCGGGCUUUCUCAGUGCCGCCUACGCUGAGCCUCAAGAACUGUCCAAUUUGUUGCGCGGGGAAAUCUCUCAAAAGCUAUUCAAGAUAACUGAGAAGAUUAAGAACAGAAUGCCGACGUUGCGCGCGCGCGACUGUGAGCCGCACCCCGGGCUGAAGGCCGACGCGUUUUCCAGCGAAGUCACGCCCGCCUUACUGUACGUCAACGCGGUGUGCAAGGUGCUCUCUUUGCACGAAGCUCUGAAUGACGAUGUGACCCUGGUGCGGCGUAAUCUCCUUCGUCUGAUCGGCGUGGGUGAAUUCAGCCCGUUAGCGGAGUGGUGUGACCCGUGCACGUCAUGUGUGUUGACAGAGGUCAUCUGCAAGGUGUGCAACCACUGCCGUGACCUCGAUCUAUGUCGGGACACGCAUCGCGGUUACGAAAAUGAUGUUCCAAUCUGCACGUGUCCGAUGUGCGGCACGGCGUACGAGAACCAGGAGUUGGAAUGGCGGUUGAUAGAAGUAAUGAACCGACGCGCUAUGAGCUUCACUCUUCAGGACCUUAUCUGCACGAGAUGCCAUCAAGUGAAACGUGAGAACCUGUCACUGGUAUGCGAUUGCGCAGGUGAAUUUGCUCUCAUGGUAUCAGCGACAGACGUGCGUGCUCAACUGGACACUUUCAAGACCAUAGCUGAAUAUUAUAAAAUGCCUUUACUUUUAGAACUUAUUGAUUUUAACCUUAGUAAUAUGUGA